AUGCAAAAAUGGAUUUAUAUUUUUAAAGGCAAUGUUUACUUGUAUAUUUUUUUAAUCAAAAACAAAAAGGGGGAAAUAGAAGGUAUAUUACUCUUUUUAUUAGUAAAUAUAUUAUAUUAUAAUACACUAGGAGUAAUAACAUUUAAGAAGCCUAAUUGUUAUAUGUUGAAAAUGGAAAAGAUAAAAUAUUAUGAAAAAUUAAAAUUUUAUAAUUAUGUUCCAGUAAAUAAAGAACUAAAGGCAUGUUGUAUAUCAUGUCCUGAUACUGAAAAAUAUGAACUUGAAUUAAAUGAACAAUUGGAAGAGGAAUUAAAAAAUGUAUUUCAAGGUAACAUAUUAGAUCAAAUUCAUGCAAAAAAUAUAAAUGCUGAUUUGAAAAGAGAUUUACAAAAAAAAAUGAAUAUUCUAUCUAAAAGAACAGAUAAAGCAAUUAUCGAACUAAUUAAAAGGAAAAUAAAUGACAAUAAAAAUAAUCAAACUAUUUAUAAUGAAAAUGAAGAUGAUGAGAAUACAUGUAUGACUUUAGAUCUUAACAAAAAUAAUGAUGCCAAAUUUGGUCAUAUUUUACAUGAAACUAUUAAUAAAUUGGAUAACAUGGAUGAAUCAGAUUAA